CCUGUGGACGUGAAUGCAGGCAAUGUCUUCAGCCGCCUGGUCCGUCACACGACUGUGAACGUCAAGCCCCACAGCACAAAGAUCCAUCCAUACACUCAAAGAGAUGGUGGGUAGGUGCCAACCACCACUAGCAGGACCUGUCAAUGUCUUGCCAAGGCUUCUGCAGCUCGCCUGCGUGCACAUAUGCGUGAAGUGCACUGUCUGUCUGUCUGUCUGUCUUUCUUUCUUUCUUUGCUCGAUGCUCGCUCACGCUACCUUGCUUGCUUGAAGCGUAUCUUGAAGGAUUGUUUUGUUGGUGCUGCGGCGAGUCCAUGCGCCCCGGGCCGAUGUCUAUGCCACCGAUGAAGGCCACACGGCGGUUGAUAAUAAGGCUGGACACAUGUACAUAGAUGGGAAUAGCUUUGCUGCCCGCUGAAGAAGGCUAUAUCAACCUUUUCAUGUGAUUCGAGUUGGCCAUCUCUGAAGAGCCCCUCUCUGUGCCAACGUCCAGGAACACUCGCACGCCCAUUUUGUCAAGCUCUUUGGCCUGCUGGUUGACAUUCCAUUUGCUGUGCGUGGCGGCAUCAGCUACGAACGUGGCUGAAGAAAUACACACUCCCGUCUGUCUCUCUCUGUCUUGUCCGUUCUCUUAUCUACCCAGCUCACCCAAGUUCUGCCAGAAUGUGACAUAGACGUUUGCUUUUCGCUUGAUCAGCUUCUCAAACAGCUCCGACAGCGGCGGAUUGUCGUCUCUCUCCUGUGCGCCCAAGAGCCUCGUGUGAACGUCCAUUUUGUAUCCUAUCGGUAUCAGUCAAACCAGUCAUGCCCGCUUUCCGUCGUGUGUCAACACUCACUACCUGUGAAGAUGAUUUCGCUGCCUUCCGCCAGCUUCGGAUCCGUGAGCAUCUUGUAGAGCUGUUGUUACACAUGUCUUGUUUGUGCAGAGGAGCGAGUCCGUGGUUACCUGUUCGUAGUAGCCAAGAUGCCCCUUGUCAAAGGAAUUCGAGCACACAAUCGGGUGGAAAGUGCACUCUCUCUCAGGGAAGGUGCCGUCCCAUUCUGCACCGGCCGUUCCGGCUUGAUGGGCAUGUACCGCGCCGUCGCUUUGCAAUGCGGAAGUGUUGGAGGGACGGAUGACGAACUGCAAGGAGAAGGCCGGCGACGAGAUGGCGGCGGACAGAAGACAGAGGAGCUUCAUUGAGGCAAAGGCCGACCAAAGACGAGGAGGAUGGGUGGAUGAAUGAGACGCCGAAUCGG